AUGGAUGCGACAGAUGCGGCAGCGGAUACUGAACGUCCCUCCAUUCCCGACCGCAAGCAACGAAAAUCCGUCGUCUUUAAUUCCGAAGCCCUCGUAGUCGAACCCGACGGUAAAAUAGUCACCAUGGCUUCCGAAGAGACAAAGGAUACCGCUAUUUCUCAUACUCCCCGUACGCCGCCGCUCUCAGCAGCUCUUGGGGCCUUUACUGAUGCGAAAGAAGCUCCCGUCGACGACGCCGCACCUCUCGCCGAAGAAGGUGGACUCGAUCUUCUCAAGAAGAAGAAGAAGAAGCCUAAGAAGACAGAGGAUGCGGACGGGGCCGAGGCCGACGGUGCUGCCGACGGUGCGGCUGACGCCGGCGGCCUCGACCUCACCCUGAAGAAGAAAAAGAAGAAGAAGGCUCCUAAGGCUGGCGAGGGCGACGAAUUCGCCGCUAAGCUUGCGGCGCUCGAUCUUGAGAAGGAAGGUGGUGACGCAGAGGGCGCUGUCGAUUCUAAAGCCGAAGAGCAAAGUGGAGAUAUGGAAAAGGGAACUGGUAUCUGGAGUCACGAUGAGACUAAGGCAAUUAGCUACGACUUACUUCUCAGCCGCUUUUUCAGCCUGCUGGCUCAGAAGAACCCCGACCAUGCCUCAAGUGGCACCCGAAGCUACAAGAUCCCGCCUCCGCAGUGCUUACGUGAAGGCAACAAGAAGACCAUCUUCGCCAACAUCCAGGAGAUCACCAAGAGAAUGAAGCGAAGCGAGGAGCACGUUACCGCCUACCUAUUCGCCGAGUUGGGUACGAACGGUUCCGUUGACGGAAGCAGACGAUUGGUUAUCAAGGGACGAUUCCAGCAGAAGCAGAUCGAGAACGUUUUGCGAAAAUACAUCAUCGAGUAUGUCACCUGCAAGACUUGCCGAUCUCCCGACACAGAACUCAACAAGGGAGAGAACCGUCUCUACUUCAUCACCUGCAAUUCGUGCGGAUCCCGUCGGUCCGUCACCGCCAUCAAGACCGGUUUCUCCGCCCAGGUCGGCAAGAGAAAGAAGAUGCAAGGUUAA